UACAUUGUUCUAAAAUUUUCAUGAGAAAAUUUAACCUUUCUAUCGUAUUCUCUGUAGCUAUGUCGAGAUAAACACGUGUAUUAUAUUGGAAUAAUCGUAUAAACUUUAACAGUUAGUCAAAAUGCAGCAUGAUGAUGUUGUGUGGAGUAUAAUCAAUAAAUCUUUCUGUUCGUUUAAAGUGAACACCAAAACUCAGAGGUUUUGUAGAAAUGAAUACAAUCUCACUGGAUUGUGUAGUCGGGCAUCGUGUCCUCUUGCGAACAGCCAAUACGCAACUAUCAGAGAAGAGAAUGGUAUUAUUUAUUUGUACAUGAGAACCGCGGAAAGAGUACAUUUUCCUAAGAAUAUGUGGGAGAAGGUAAAACUUUCUAGGAAUUUUGAGAAAGCUAUUUAUCAAAUCAAUGAAAAUUUAUUGUACUGGCCAGGUUUUAUUAAAGCGAAAUGCAAACAGAGAUUUCUUAAAAUAACACAGUAUCUUAUACGUAUGAGAAAGCUUAGAUUAAGAAGACAAAAAAAAAUAGUACCGCUUUCUAGAAAAAUUGAAAGGCGUGAAAGACGUAGAGAAGAGAAGGCUCUUGUCGCUGCGAGAGUGGAAAAUGUUAUCGAGAAGGAACUUAUGGAAAGAUUGAAACAAGGAGUGUACAACGACAUUUACAAUUUCCCGCAAAAAGUAUUCGAUAAAGCCGUGGAGGCUGUAGAAGUGGAGAGCGAAGCAGAAAGCGAAAGGGAAUACGAGGAAGAAGAAAAUAUUGAAAAGGAAGUAGAAAUGGAAUUGGAAGGAGAUGAAAGGAAAACUACAGUUAACGGACCACGAUACAUAGAAGCAGAGAGCGAAGAGGACGAAGAUGACGAAGAAGAAUACGAAAUAGACGAUGAUCAAGAUAGUGACUCUGGUCAAAGAGAGGAAAUUGAGUUAUCCGAUAGUUUUGAAUCAGAAACCAGCGAUAUCGAGGAUAUCGUACCGUCGACAAGCAAGAAAAAAUUGUCUAAAAUUAAAGAUAAGAAAGGUAAAACGAAGAAAAAGUUACGGCCAAGAGUUGAGAUCGAAUACGAGAUCGAGGAGGAACCUGCUGUACGACAAAAAUCGUAGAUUAAUGUUAAAUAAAAAAAACUAUAUUUUCAAUAAA